AUGAAGCUGUUGGUGGCGUACGGCGGUUUGGGAGACAGCAAUAGAUUCAAUUAUCUUACCGUCACAAUGACUCACAAUCCAUCCCCACGGGCUCAGAAAAUCAAAGUCGAAGUUACUAGUGAGAAAGUAACAAAACUUGUUAACAAGCUUAUCGAAUUUGUUAGGCCCAAAAAAGAAAAGGUUGCCCCAUUUGAAUAG